UACGCUUAGAAAAUGGGUAAAUCAACCUGUUCAAUCAACAUGUGAACAACAACAACAACAUCUCAUAAUUAUCAGCCAAAUGGACAUCGAAUGUCCACACCGAAUUCAUCAUCAUCAUCAUCAUCAUCAGCAUUUCGUCCAUUACCACAAACACCGGCUACUGAUGAAUUGUAUGCAAAUAUGCGUAAACAUUCAUUACAACCACAGCAAAAGCAACAGCAACAGCAGCAGCCACCUGUAAAUAUUCGAAUGUUGAAAACUCGACAAUUUGCAACGACAAGUACAAUUGAUCUAUCGAAUAGUGGUAAUGGUCAUAAUCAUCAUGUGGAAAAACUAACAAAAAGAUCAAGUUUACCACGUAAAAAUUUUUCAUAUCAAGAUUUAGAAUUUUUUGGUGGAGAAAAUCAACAACAAGAAAGUUCCAUAUUCUCGUGUAAUCAUCAUCAUCACCAUAGCCAUCAUGGUGGUUCAACACAAUCAUUGUAUCCGAGUUGUCCGAUGAAUCAUUGUUCUCCAUCAUCAAUUCAAUGUAAUCAUUGUUCUUAUCAUCAGCCAAAUCUCUGUUACGGUUGUAACAGCUGUUGUAAUCAUCGAUGGUCCACAAAUUCAAUGGAAGAAUUGCGAAGAAAUUCCAAUCAUCAUGACGUCGACGACGACAACGACGACGAUGGUGAUUUUGAAACAGAUGAUGAAGAUGAUAUGAUGAUAAUGAGAAUGGUUAAUAAUGAUGAUGGUCGUUUAUCAUCGAUUGGAUUAAGUCGUGAAACUAAAAAUCGUAUACGAAGAGCUCGGAUGAAACGUUCACAAUCAACAUAUACUAUGUAUGGUGUUGGUAAUCAUAAUUAUGACGAUGAUGAACAACAACAACAACAAUUUCCAACAGAUUUGCGGCAUAAUAAAAUUGGUUAUUCAAAUCGUUCGCCAUCGAUAAUACGGGCCAAUAAAUUUCCUACAUCAUCAUCGCCAACACCAUCAUUGAAAUCAGUUAAAAGUUUUUCUGAUCGUUAUCGUUAUUCGGAUUCAAUUUCCGAUUCAAGUUCAAGUUCACAAUCUAGAAAUAAAGUGAAUCCAAUUGCCAAAACAAAUAUUGAUGCUAAAAUCUCACCAAAUGAUGAUGAAGAAGAAGAAUUGGUCACUGAAUCUGGACAAUGGUCAUGUCGAUUCUGUACAUUCGUAAAUGAUUCUGGCCGUAAUGUUUGUGAAAUUUGUUGUAAAACAAGAAUAUCUUCAAAUUCCGAACAAAUUCAUUCGAAUAAACAAAAAGUAUCAUUAGUGAUGAAUGAAAAAACAACCAACUCAUCAACAACAGAAACGGAAAUUCAGAAACAACGUGAUCAUCAGCAGCCACCACCACCACCACCAACAAAAACCCAGGAACAAGAAAUCAUUUUUGAUGAAUCAUUUGUACGUGAACAAAUUGAAAUUGAAAAAGAAUUACAGAAACGAAAAGAAAAUGAAUUAAAAGUGGUCGAAGAAAAUAAAAAAUUGGAAAUAAAUGAUCAAGAUUUAUCUGCAAGUAAAAAAUCGAAUGAAAAAGAAUCGACAAACACGAAUCAAUCAAUAGCAGCUGAUGAUAACGAAUGUAAAGAAUUAGAUAAUCAUGAAAAAAUAGUGGCAAAAAUGAUUGAAGAAAAAAUUUCCGAACAAUUUGGUAAAUUGAAAUUAACGCCACCGGCAGCCACUGUACCAGUGGAUAAUAAUCAAAAUGUUACACCAAUCAAUAAUUCGACGACUACGAUGGCGAUGAUGAACGUACCGAUUUCAAAUGCAAAUCCGUGCACUGCAUCGAUGAUGAUACCACCAAAUUUUAGUCAAAAUAAUUCAAUACAGAAUAAUCCACAACAAUUUUAUCCAUUGAAUAAUCAAUGGUCAAAUAAUUCGACACCAUUACCGAAUUUCAAUAUGAACAAUGGUGGUGGUUUCAUUCAUCCGAGAACACCAUCAUCAAGUAGUAGUAAUUCAACGGCCAGUAUGUUUGGCUAUAAUGGCUUGAAUAAUUAUCCUCAACCGAUAAUCAAUCCAAUGAUGGUGAUGGAUCAUCCUCAAUCAUCUUUCAAUCAUCAUCAACAGAAUCCAGAUUCAUGUUCACAAAUCAGUAUGAAUCGAUUUUCAAGUUUCGACGAUCUACAAUCACUUAGUAGCGUGACAAGUUCGUCAUUAUUUUAUCCGGAUUCAAAUUUAUGUUGCACUACCCAACAAAAACAACAGCAACAUAAAUCAAUGAUUAAUUCUAGUAGACAAAUGAUACAAACACUUCGUGAAGCAGAGAAAAAAGGCUAUACAGCCGAUGAUCUUGAAGCAGCCAUACAAUUUUCUCCAGUUUCACCAUUGGAAUGGUUGGAAAAAAAUUGGAAAAAUCUCUGUGAAACCGUAAUGACAAUGUCAAAUAAUCAGAUUGUCGAAUUAGAACGUACGAAUGGAAAUAAGAUGCCGAAUUUCAUAAUGAUAACUGAAAAAGAUGCUAAAACUGCAUUGCGUUUAUGUAAAGGAAAUUUAUGGCAAUCGAUAGAGAAAUGUGUUCAAAGACAUCGAGAGAAUAAAUUGUUUAAUAAUGACACCGCCAACAACAACAAUGUUAUCAAUAAAAAUCUACCAUCGAAAAGUGAAUUUUUUGCAAUGAAAGUAACAGGAUUAGGAUCUGGUCGAGCAAAUAAUGAUGCAAAUCAUGUGCUGAUUGAUAAUGAAGAUAAUGAUGAUGGAAAUGAAUUUCAAAAAUCAUUUGCCAAUGAAACGCAAGAAUUUAAUUAUUCAGAACAUUCAAAAUUACCAAUGGAAGAAUUUCUUGCAUCACAAGAAUCAAUGAUGGAUAGAAAUGAAUUAUUAGAUUUUUAUCUACAAAAUAUUAAAAAUUCAAAAAAUCUGGAUUAUAAUGAACUUGAAACAUUGAUAAUGAAUUGGCAACAGGAAAAAGCAUCGUUUGAUCGUGAACGUCAACAGUCCAGGAUAAGGGAAAAAGAACGUGAAAAAAUGCAGAAAAUAAUUGAUGUACAAAAACGUAUAAGUGGUGGUAGUGGUGGUGGUUAUUUAUCCGAUGGUACCACCACUGAAGAAGAAUUGGAUAGAGAAGUUGCACGUGUUUUUCAGAAUCGACGACUAUCACAAUCUAUGAUGGAAACAAUUGAUUCAGAUCGUACACCAACAUUUACACAAGAAAUGGAUCUAUUUACAAUGUCUUCACCGGGAACAAGUGGAACUCAAAAUAUUCGGCCACAAUCACAGAUAAAACAAAGAAUUGAAUCAAAAUUGAAUGAAUUUGCAGCAAAACAUUCUGGAACAGCAACAACAUUAUCUAGUCGAACAAAUAGCAUUAUUUCAACGAAUGAUGAUGAAAAUAUUACGACGCCUAUUCAACAGCUUCAGCAACAAGUUGAAUUGUCACCCAUUUCAAUUUCGGAUAAUUCUGAUGAAAAUUUCAUUGAUGCCGUCGCAGAAAUUGUUGAAUCAUCAACAUCACCUUCAUCAUCGGCUAAAUCUACGGAAAAAAUCGUCAACACACCAAAACCGUUGAAAGCACAGAUUGUUGUGGACGAAAUUUUCAAUUUUAUGGCUAAAACACAACAAUUAUCUAAUGUUUGUGAAAAACACCAGACUGGAAUAGCUGUCGUUAAAAUAGCACCAGCCAAAGCUUUGGAUCAAAUUAUUACCACUAAUCAAAAUGAUUUGAAAAUCAUAUCCAGUGUCAAACACACCAAUGCCUGUGUGCCAAUGUCAACAGGUGAACCAAUGGUUAUAAAACCACCACCACCAGUAACGAAAUCGAAUCCGGUUGAAACCACGACGUCAUCAUUAUCGAUAAAGCAACCAAUAACGGGACCAUCAUCGUCAUUGUCCUUGAUUGGAAAAUCACCAGUAGAUGAUCAAUAUUCCUAUGAAUUUCAAUGGGCACGAACCGAAUUGGAAUGUGAAUUAUGUACGACAAUUAUGCCGAUACAGGAUAUUGUCGUUAUGAUUGCUUGUACACAUUAUGCAUGUCGUGAUUGUAUGAAAAAUUAUCUUACCAUUCAGAUACGUGAACGGCAACGUUUAGUUAUUACCUGUCCAUUUUGUAAUGAACCAGAUAUUAGUGCCGAUCAAGAUGAACAAGUUUUUGAAUAUCUUGCCAUAUUUGAUCCAUUCAUAAGGCAUAUAAUUGAUGCUGAUAUUUAUGAAUUAUUUCAACGUAAAAUGCGUGAUCGUGCCCUAAUGCGUGAUCCAAAUUUUAUGUGGUGCGUAAAGUGUUCAUCAGGUUUUAUUGUACCGAAUCCAAAAGCAUUGACAGUAAUCUGUCCAGAUUGUCGUAAUGCAUUCUGUCGUCAAUGUAAAAAACAAUGGAAAAAUCAACAUCUAAAUCUAUCGUGUGAACAAUUUGCACGAUGGGAAAACGAACAUGAUAUUGAUUAUGCUGAACAAUUGUUGAAUAAACAUCUGGAAGAAUUUGGAAUCGAAUGUCCAAAUUGUCAUUUUCGUUAUCAAUUGGCCAAAGGUGGCUGUAUGCAUUUUCGUUGUACCCAAUGUUCAUUUGAUUUUUGCGGUGGCUGUUAUCGUCCAUUUAAAUUGGGUAGUAGAUGUUUUCGUGCUAAACUAUGUGAACGGCUUGGCCUUCAUGCACAUCAUCCAAGAAAUUGUCUAUUCUAUCUUCGUGAUAAAGAUAUUGGCGAUCUACAAAAAUUACUUGAUCAAAAUAACAUUGAAUACAAGACCAAUGAUGGUGAUGUCGACCAUGGUGCUAAUAAUAAUAAUAAUAAUAAUAAAACGACAACUAUGACAAUUUCAAUAUCACGAUGUCAAGUAAUGGAACAGAAAGAGGUGAAUUUUGUUAUGAAAGAUAAACCAUGUAAUCGUUUUGUUGAAAUGGCUGGCCUUUGCAAAUUACACUAUAAAGAAUAUCUUGGAAAUUUAAUCUAUCGUAAUCAAAUUGAUCCGAUUCCAAUUCUAACUGAAAGUGAAUUAGAAUUAACAUUGAAAAGAGAAAAUAUUCGUAUUCCAUCAAAAAUUCGUGGCGAAGAUUACAUUGAAAAAUUGAAAGAGUUGAUCCGGGAAAAAAUUCCAUUAGAAUCGAAAUAGCGAUCAAUUUUUUGUUAAAAGAUUAAUACACGAUAAAACAUUAAUGAAAUAAUUAAA